CCCCCAGGCUCACUUCCGAAGGGGACGAAUUCCUCGGCAGGAUCAACGAAAUCGUCUACUUCCUCCCCUUCUGCCACUCGGAGCUCAUCCAGCUGGUCAACAAGGAGCUCAGCUUCUGGGCAAAGAGGGCCAAGGCGAGGCAUAACAUCACUUUGCUUUGGGACCGCGAAGUCAUGGAUGUCCUGGCAGACGGUUACAACCUGCACUAUGGGGCCCGCUCCAUCAAGCACGAGGUCGAGCGCCGGGUGGUGAACCAGCUGGCCGCCGCCUACGAGCAGGAGCUCCUGCCGCGCGGCUGCACCUUGCGGAUCAUCGUGGACGACUCGGACAAGCGCCUCCUGAAGGCCAGUGACAGUCCCCCGGCCAAGGAGGGCUGCCAGAAGAAAGGGCCGACCUUGCGGCUGGAGAUCGUGGAGAAGGACAGCAAGGGCCGGAGGCUGGACAUUCAAGCCCCGCUGACCCCGGAGGAGAUGUCCUUUUCCUCGUAGGCGGGCUUCCCUUCCCCGGGGGAGGGGGGCAGUCGCUGCUAAAGCUUUAGGUUGUAAUAAAGCAAUCAUGAGAGGUG